AUGAUGACCAAGACUAUCUAUACGGAAGAGCAACUCUUGAACUUUGAGGACCACGGAGAUCUUCCUGUCGGAGUUGACUUGGCUCCUUUCAUAGAAAUGGUGGCCCAGGUCAAAGAGACAUUGAAUGAGUUGGAUGAAAGGUUCCCUAAACGUAAAGGUUUUGGUGUUUUUCACCACACAAAUCGCCCAAGAAGAAAGAGACAACCUAAAGAGGUUACUGGUGAUGAUGGCUGGACUUCUCUGCUUCCUAAGAAGCACAAUCAGACUAGUGCUGAGAGCGCUGCUGCUGAACAGGAAGCUCAGGAAGAGGAAGAGUUUGAACAGGUCAAAAGUUUCAAGACCAAUGCUGCCAAGAUUUCCUCGGGUAAAACUGGUAGUGCAUCUUCCAAGGACACUGUUGCCAUUGCUCACGUUUCCAGAUUCAAUGCCUUUGACGCUUUGAAUGUUGAUGACGAAGAGUAA